GCUAUAUUGGUUUGUUUACAGGUAAGAAGUUUUAUUUGUGCUUAAUUAAAUUUAGCAUAAAUAUGAUAAAACGUGUUUCUCGGUUUUUUAGUUCUAAUGCUCAUAUGCACUCUUCUGCUAAGCCAACCACUUUUAUAUAUUGUUAGUGUAGAACUUAGUAUUUUAGGAACUUUACCAUUGACCACUGGAUCACCGGUUUAUUAAUUACUGACGUUCAAUCUAGGCGUAUGCUCAAUAUUUCUAGCUCUUAUACAAGAAGUAUUUAAUGCAAUUUUCAACCGGACAGUGACCCGAGAACGUUUAGAUACAGUCGAAUUUCCACCAAAGACGAGCCGCUGUAUAAGUAUUUAAUGCACAAGCUUGGAUGUAUUGUGAUAUUAUUCUUCUAGGUUGAGGUAUUACUGACCAAAUGAAACUAAUGGACGUCGAUGAAUUGACUCAAACAGAUGCCGUGUGUUAAUAAUACCGGUUAUCUUGAACUAAUGGAACAUAUCCUAUAGAUUCAAGUUCUAAAGUUGUGGAUACGAAAAGUGAGUAUACAAUUAGUACCGAAUUUACCAGUAUGAUGUAUUUCGUCGAAUUAAUGAAACGAUCUCAGUUGAACCACCACUAGAAAUCUGGAAGCACUAAACAGUCACUUCGUCCCAGUGCGAGACUCCUCAGUAGUACGUGUUUACGACCGCGUAUGCGGGAAUCAAAUCGAAUAUCCUCGGUCUCGCACUGCAAUAUCUUAGGAAAUUUUAGCAUAUAUGUUUGUAUUAUUUUCAAGAAACACUUUACGAAACUCGUUAUAUUUGUUUUAGGUCCAUAUUACAAUCUGAAAACGUUUGAAGACUUUUGCAAUCGGGAUUCUGAAACCGUAAUAACUGCAGAAGAACCUCUUCUUCAACACCUUCAAGAAGCACCUCCAUUCGGUGUAGCUUAUUUAAUACUCUCUCACUUUUAUACUGUUGAUUAUGUACGCACUGCAGAGUUCUAUGAUCGACAUUUCCUGUAUCGAUUUUUUUAUAUGAUGGUUAUUUUCUUUACCUUCCGAAUGCGAAUUUAUUUUGCUUGGAAAAUGUCUGAGUGCGUGUGUAUAUCCGCUCGUUUAGGUGCAUAUCCUAAAUUAUCUGAACCCGAAAAAGGUGAAGGACCAACUAAUCUACAUGCAUUAGAUUUAUACAUGGAACAACAGGCAGCCAAUGAUGUGAAAUUAAACAGCGUUAUAAACCAGCCCAAUCAUCUUCAUCGUCAUCAAACUUCUGACCCUGUCAAUUCUGUUAUUCAUUCCACACUAAAAAAUAAACCGAAUUUUGAAAUGAAGUCAGAGACAAAUGUAAUAUAUAAUUAUAAUACAAUAUCCAACUUAAGUAUAUGGGGAUGUGAAUUCGCUCCUACAGUACGUGAAUCGAUGAAAUCGUGGAAUUGUUCGGUGCAAUUUUGGUUGGCCAAUUAUUUUUAUAGACGUUGCAAAGCUUCACGAAAUAUACGGACAUUAUGGACAAUGAUGGUUAGUGCCUAUUGGCAUGGUUUACAUGCAGGUUAUUAUUUAUCCUUUCUGGUCAUCCCACUUGCAUUAGUUGGUGAGACAAGUCUAAAAAAUUUAAUGAAUUUAUGCGCAAAUAGUCUACCAACUGGUAGUGUAUCAUUUAUUUCAUGGUUAUUAAAAAUGCGUGUCUUUGAAUAUUGUUGUAUGGGGUUUUUAUUAUUAGACUGGGAGACUACCAUUGCUUAUUGGUCCAGUAUUUAUUUUUGUAUUCAUAUAGUUUUAAUUGGAUUGAUUAUUUUCGACUAUUUUCUACGACUUAUAUUACCAGCUAAAGCAUUUAAAAUUGUAUCUUCAUUAGAUUCAUCUACUGUUUCAUCAUUAUCAUCUGAUAUGUUUGUUGUUAAUAAGGACACAGUUGAUGAUCGAUCAUCAACGCUUCAUUCUCAUCAUCGUCCUAAUUAUAAAUCAAAAAUGUAAAUUAUUGCAUCUACAUAUAUUACAUAAAAAUCUUUAACUAUUAUUUGAUAAUUAUUGAACAAUGAAAAUAGCAUUUUG